CUUCUGACCCUUCGUUUUUCCCUUCAGAUUCUCUUUAUAGCUCGUCAACACGGAAAUAUUUUCAUCAGAGUGUAGAAGUGAUCGGGUAGAGAGAAAGUUUCAGGAUACGUUCUGGUACCAGACCUGUUUGCUGACACGCAAUCAUGCUUAAAGCGGGAGCCACCAAGGUAGGGCUGGCCAAGCCGGGGCUCCAGGAGCGGGCACGGCAGACCUCCUUGGCUUCCCCUUCCUCCACUUCCACAGUCAUGAAGACCACCAGAUCAUCCAGCAUGUUAGGGUCAGAGCAGCGCCUCAGCAAGCUGAAAAGAGCCAGCAGUGAUGAUGCCUUGACAAAGCCCGUACUGGGAGCUGCUGCCUCUGGCUCCCGGAUGAAGAAGACUGUAACUACUGGAGCCAUUUCAGAUCUCACAGAGGCCCGCAGUCGAACCCUGUCAGGUGUACAAGCACCCAAGAAGUCUGGAAUCCCAGCUCCUAGAGAAAUCCCUUCUGCUGUAACAAGAGACCGCAUCUCUUUCCGAGAUCAACUGAGGAGCUCUUCCACUAAAAGAAUGGUUUCCAGCGCCAGUACUUCCAGCCUCUCUACCCUGGCAAAACAGACGCGUAGUUCAACUAAGUCCCGUGCAGAAGCAGAGGGCCAGGAAAGGGGUCUUCUGGAGAGCCAGGUGAAAGAGCUUCUGGCUGAGGCCAAAGCUAAAGACUUGGAGAUCAGCAAUCUCAGAAUGGAGUUACAGCGCUGUAAGGGUAAAAUCUCCACUGCUCCUUCUUUACCGUCACCCAACUCUGUUUCACACCAAGAGCCUGCAGCUGACAGCGAGCAGGGACAAGUGGCCGAGGCCCUUGUGCUGGUUGGGGAGCUCAGGGAGAAGAACAGGAAAUUUCAGAGAGAGUUGGCAGCUCUGAGGGAGGAAAACCAGAUGCUGAAGGAAAAGCUGCUUUGCUUGGAGUCUUCUCCCCUCUCUAGCACAAACACAAGCUCACCUUCAAAGGCUUUGGUGAACGGCCUGCCCUCAGACUCCUCCUCUACCCAGCAGGAUAGUCUACUAUCUACUGCCAGCCCACUUAAAACCUCUGUUUCCUCUAGCUCAAGUUCUGAUAUUACCAAAGAGUCACCAUCACCUGACUCCUCUGAGUUUGAGAAGAUCCCAUCACGCUCAGAGUCGGGGAGCAGUUGUGUCAGUACAGAAGCUGUUACUGUAGGAGCAGUAAACAAUGGGGGAGGUCAGGGUGUGUCAGUGCAGAGCCUAACAGAGCAAAUUCACAAAAUGGAGGAGAACCAUCACAGCACAGCAGAAGAACUACAGGCAACACUGCAGGAGCUGGCUGACCAGCAGCAAGUUGUGCAGGAGCUAACAGCUGAGAAUGAGCGUUUGGCUGAGGAAAAGCGCCUCCUGCAGGCCUCGCUUCAACAGCAGAGGGAGCGUCUGGAAGUGUUGGCUCAAAAGAAUGACACGCUCGCCCUCAGACUUCAAGAGCAAGCUCAGGCUCAUGCCCAGAGGGAGGAAGAGUUGGGUACCCAAGGUCCUCGGCUGUCAGAGCUGGAGCAGAGGUAUGGUGAGCUGGUAGAGAGCUCUCGCUUUGAACGUGAGAAGCUGGUGGACAUCCAGCAGCAGCUGACAGGCAGUCUACGGGCACUGGAGGAGGAGCACCAGGAGGCCCAGGGUCAGGUACGCUGCCUCAAGGAGGAGAUGGACAGGUUACAGGCCCAGCUGGACAGGGAAGUAGAAAGCAGAGGUCAAGCAUCACAAGCUGCAGAGGAACAGAAGGCGGCAGCAGACUCCCUCAGACUGGAAAAUAGUAGGCUGAAGGCACAGGUGGACAUUGAGAGGCAAAAGGUGGGUGAGCUGAAGGCCAUGCAAAGUGCCAGUGACAACACUGAGUUGCAGAAUUUGUUGAAGGCAGCUCAUGCUGAGAGAGACAAGCUGGAGGUGAAGCUGACAGAGCUGAGACAGGAACUGCUCCAGGCCCAGGCUGAGACUGAGAAUGUGCAAGCCACAAUGUCAAAGCUGGAGGUCAAAUGCCAGCAGGUUCAAGAGCGAGCUGAAAAAAGAGAGCAGGAGCUAAGUAACCGAGUGACGUCCCUGGAGGAAGCUGGGAUCCAGACAGAAAACCAGGUGAAGGAGCUCAAGGAGACCAUCUUUGAGCUGGAGGACCAGGUGGAGCAGCAGAGAGCUGUCAACUGCCAUACCAACCAAGCCGUUCUGGACAUGGAGAAUCUUGUCAAAAAGAUGGAGGAGCAGAAAGCAGAAGCAGACAGACAACUGAAAGUUUUGAAUAGACAAAUGAAGGAUGAAAAGGAGGAAUGGCGUCGUUUUCAGGCAGACCUCCAGACAGCAGUGGUGGUGGCCAACGACAUCAAGGUGGAAGCUCAGCAGGAGCUGCGUGCACUGAGGAGGCAGCUGCAAGAAGAGCAGGACCGUAAUGCAAAGCUUUCUGAAGACCUUGAGGCCCUGCAGGGAGUAAGGUCUCCAGGUGAAGAGGGGAGAGUGUCCGACUCUGAUAACAACAGUCAUUGGUGCGGCAUCUCCAUGAUCCCCACAGCACCCGGCGACGCCAGCGGAGAUGCCAACUCAGAGCCCGAAGCUACUGUCAAAUCCCUCAUUAAGUCCUUUGAUACUGUUGGACAAAAUGGAUUAAGCCACACAAUUCAAAUGCCUUCCUCACAAAGGAGCCCGCUGAGUGGCAUACCUGUACGCACUGCCCCUGCUGCUGCUGUCUCCCCCAUACAGAGGCACUCGUACAUAAAGCCACUAUCAAAGACACUGGAAAAAAGAAUUAACUAUGGAGAAUUCUCUCAUCAUCAUGAAAAGCUGCCAAGCUUUGGGGAAGACCUAAAACCUAACAGCCUCAUGAGGAAGAGCCCUUCUCUCGAGUCUGUAAUCAAAAGCCCUGCUUCCCUCAGCAGCUGCACUGCAUCCUUCAGCUACAAUCGAAGCAACAGUAAGCUCAGUGUGGAAAGAAAGGACCCCUUGGCUGCACUGGCGCGGGAGUAUGGAGGAUCUAAGAGAAAUGCUCUACUGAAGUGGUGCCAGAAGAAAACAGAAGGCUAUCCGAAUAUUGAUGUGACCAACUUCAGCAGCAGCUGGAGUGAUGGCCUGGCUUUCUGUGCCCUGUUGCACACAUAUCUGCCUGCCCACAUCCCUUACCAAGAACUCAUCAGUCAAGAUAAGGUCCGGAAUCUGACCCUAGCUUUCCAAGCCGCAGAGAGCAUCGGGAUCAAACCCUCACUGGACAUGGAGGAGCUGAUGAAGACAGACAGGCCGGACUGGCAGAGCGUCAUGCACUAUGUCUCACAGAUCUACAAGUACUUCGAAACCUGACUUGUGAGGAAGAUGAAGAUGAGGAUCAGUGGUACCACAUCAGUCUUCUGUCACUCUGUCUGCGACACGUUCUUCUCUGAAACUGGCUGAAAGCUGCCAAGCUAACGCCUCUCAAAUCUGACACUGAAGCAGCGACCAAGGAGCGUUUUUUUUAACACUACUCUGCAACUACAGACAAACUGAUUCUGGUGCAAAUUCAUGUAGACGUUUUGUAGCAGCUAACAGCACAACUGAAAGAGUUGAGACCUGGUUCUUUAUUUAUUUUUUCCCCUCCACAAAACCACACAAGAACUUUUGUCUCCAAGGGUCUUUAUGUAGCAAAGUUCUUGGAACUUUCUGAACUCACCCUCUCAUCUCUGUGCUAUCAAUUUAUUUUAUAAAAGUUCCAUCCAAAUAUCAGCAUUGAGCAUUUUUAAAAGAAAAUGUGCCAAAUUUUCUGCCAAAAAACAACUUUUACAAUACUAUGCAUGAUUUAUGUGUGAUGUCCCUUUCAAUCAUCACUCAACUUUAGCUGGAGGUUUUUCUUUUUUGUUUUUUUUUUUGCAGAGCAGAGGAUGUUAAAAACGACUGAUUUAAGAUAAACCGAAGUCUAAUCAUAUUGUAAUCCAGCUUGUCUAUUGAAAGCUGAUCUCAGACAAACCUUUUCUGCCAUCUGUGAUGUCACAAUGAAUAUAAUCUAACACUUUUGAAGUUGCUAAGUAGUUUUGUAGAAAUAUUUUUAUGAAAAUGGACUGAUCUCCAUGUUUGGGUUGAGUUUGCAGCAUAAACUCAGCGAAUUCAAACGUCAUGAAGUGCUGUUUCUCCACAUUUAACAUAGAUUCUCUGAAGAACUGUGGUACUGAAGCUGCUUUGGAAGCUGUAUGGGUCUGUAAUUGGCAUGCAGUAGUGAAUUAUGAAGGUGGGAACAAGUUUUACAUGUAACAGUUGAGGACACAGUUUCUAUUGCAGAUGCCUGUCUAUUUUAAAGAUGAAAUAAAAGUGUUAUUUAUUUACAAGACGUACAUAUUGAGUUCACAGAAACAAUGUUUAUAAUUCACACAUAUCAAAUAUGAAGGCUCACUGGAUGGUUAUUAAUAAAGUAUUGUCAUGGAUUCAUUUAAA